AUGCCCGCCCCUUCAACCACCCUCCUGAUCGAGGGUUCUUUCUCCGAACUCGCCGAGGAGUUUGCUGCCUACCUCGACGCCCUCACCAAGCCCGACGACACCACCAUCCAGACCGAGCUCGCCCCGCUGCUGCAGCCCCUCCGCGAGCAGGAACAGAAUGACACCCAGAUCGACCAGAGCAAGCGGGAUGAGGUGCUGAAGAAGCUGGUCUCGGCCGCCACUGUGCUCAACACGGCGCCGGAGAAGGAAAUCACACCUGCGUACAACCUCCUGAUCCACCUCGUCCAGCAGGCCUCCGACCCUGACAUGUUCCUCUCCCGCAUCUGCUCAUACCUCGCCAAACCCAUCUCCUCCUCUCCUCAGUUCGGCGCCUCUCUGUCCAUCGCCAUUCUGUCCACCAUCUUCAACACACUCGCCCCCUCCGACUCCAGUCGAUUCCACGUCCUUCUGGCCGUUAUCGCCGUUAUCCGCCAGUCCGGCUCCUCCGCCGCUUUCGAUGCUCUGAAGCCCCAACUGACCGCGCAGUUGCCCAAUUGGCGCUCCGCCUGGGAACUUGACGAUGAGGAGGCCCGCCGUCUGCACCUGGCUAUCGCCGACGCCGCCCAGGCUGCCGGCGACCUCGACUGGGCUCAGACUCACGUUGUCGAGGCUCUUCAGACCAUCCCUCCCGCUGAGGCCUCAUCCCCCGCCGCCCGCGAUCUCGCCGUGCGUGCUCUGACCUCGGCUCUCACCCACCCCGCCGUCUUCGACUUCACCCCGUUGACCGCCGCCGACGCCGUCCAGGCCCUGCGCUCCAGCGACGCCCCUCUCUUCGAGCUGCUCGAGAUUUUCACUGCCGACACUCUCGAUGCCUAUGAGGACUUCAUCUCCACCACCCCCGUCGCAAAUAUUCUUCCCGACAAUGCCCUGACCCCCCACGCCGAAGCUCUGCAGACCAAAAUUCGUCUACUCACUCUGGCCUCCCUCGCCGCCGCCGCCACCACCACAACUGGCCCAUCUGCGCGCUCCCUUUCAUACGAGACAAUUGCGUCUUCUCUCCGUGUGCCGCAAGAGGAAGUUGAGAAGUGGGUUAUCGAUACUAUCCGUGCCGGUCUCGUCGAGGGCAAGCUCUCUCAGCUCCGCUCUGAGUUCCUGGUCCACCGCGCCACCUACCGUGUGUUCGGCGAGAAGCAAUGGGCUGAAGUCCAGGGCCGUCUUAUGGUGUGGCGACGAAGCCUCGAGAAUGUCCUUGGCGUCGUUCGCAGCGAGCGGGAGCGAUUUGUACGGGAAGCUGCUGCUCAGGCGGCGGCGGCUGCAGAGGCUGAGAAGGGUGAGAAAAGCAACAAGGGACAAUCUGAGCGUCGACGCGCCCCUCAAGAGGUAGCUGCGGCGGAAUAG